GUGCACUCGACGCUCGAACGCCGGGAAAACACGGGCCGUUUUCCGCUGCGAAGUCCGCACCAACUUCGCCGCGAUACCGACAUUCGAGUACGAUAAUAUCGUUUCGGACACUGGUUCGAAAGUUGUUUUGUGAAGUGAAUUUCGUGGGAUGUUUGUGAAUUUUCCACUUUUGUGUUUGUCGAGUUGAGCUUUCGGCACUCUGAAACUUAUUGGAGUCCAUCAAUCAAGCUCCACUCUCAGAGGACAAUUGAACUGGACCGCGAACGUUUCAGCACUUAACAUGUCCAACUGAACUAUUCAGGGGCCUUCAAAGCAUGACAACCUAAGAGUAAACUUCAGACGAGAAAGAAAUAAUAAUCUGUUAUCGAUGAACGACCUAAAUUAUAACGCAGGAAUGAGUUCCUACCAAUUCGUCAAUUCGCUCGCCUCGUGCUAUGGGAAUCAAGUCCCGGGGCGCACGGGGACCCCGGUGGAACAAUCUGGACAUCCGGGGCUGCCCACACCGGGAGCGGAUUACUACAACCCUAAUGCAGCAGCUUCUGCAUAUCCGAAUACAUGUUAUUCACCGCCGCAAGUUGGGCAUCAUUACCCACAACACCCAUACGCCACCCCAGCGAGCGGUGCGCACAUGCAACCUCAAACUAUGAUAGAUUACACACAACUUCACCCCCAGAGACUGGGUAGCACGGCAAGCCAUAUGCACCAACAUUCGAAUCCGAGCCCGGGAGCAUUAUCACCGAAUUUAUUAUCAGCUUCUAACCAAGCAGCCAAUGCUAGUUGUAAAUUUGCUGACUCUACAUCUACAACGGGAGUUGCAUCACCCCAGGAUCUAUCCACAUCGUCAGGGCCAGGACGGACGUCUCCUGGCUUUGGUGUUGGACAAAAUACAAGUGGAAGCACUAGCACUAAACUCGGACUGACUACGCCAAUUGCCUCACCAGUGGAGCAUAAGGCAAACAUAAAUCAGAACAUCUCCAGUCCGGCAUCAAGCACAUCAAGCAACGAUAGUAAUGAAGCAAAUAAUUCGAGUUCAAGCAACACUAAAAACGCCAAAUCUUCAGGAAAUACUCAGGCUAAUCCACCGCAAAUAUACCCAUGGAUGAAGAGAGUUCAUCUUGGUCAAAGUACGGUGAAUGCGAAUGGGGAGACGAAGCGACAAAGAACAUCGUACACGCGAUACCAGACGCUCGAGUUGGAAAAGGAGUUCCACUUCAACCGGUACCUGACGCGGAGGAGACGGAUCGAGAUCGCCCACGCGCUCUGCCUCACCGAGCGCCAGAUCAAGAUCUGGUUCCAGAACCGCCGCAUGAAGUGGAAGAAGGAACACAAGAUGGCUUCGAUGAACAUCGUCCCAUACCAUAUGAAUCCGUAUGGCCACCCGUACCAGUUCGACCUUCACCCGAGCCAAUUCGCGCAUCUAUCCGCAUAGGAUCAGUGGAAUUUUUCGAAUAGUGGAUAACUGAUUUAUUGAAAUUUUCAGUCGUCCGUUUCGGAACGGAGUUGUAUGUAGCAACAACUAAGAGGUUGGUUGCUAUAGCAACUAGACUGAAUCAGUUAUUCGCUGCUCGAAAAAUUUCUUGGAUGGACUUAUUUGUUGAAAUUAUUGUUGUGCCGUGAACAGUGACUAUGAGUGGACAAGUGAAGUGACUCAUUGACGAAACUUCUGGAUAAAUAGAUGGCUAUUCACUUCGAAUUGAAAAUGCCUAGUGGAAUCUACAUAAAUACGUAAUUAAGUGUUGUAAGAUGUUUAUGACGGCAUCAAUAUAAUUUUCACAAGAGCUAAGCUGUUAAAAGAAAGUUGCGUCACUCCUCGCUAAUGUCAUAAUUGUUUUGAAGUUUUAGUAAAAAAUUACCUAGUCAUAAGCUUAUUGCUCGAUCUACAUAAUUUUUAAAAGUUGUAAGGGGGAGAGUAAUUGUUACAAAUUUAGGAAUAGUAUUAAUCAUGAUGGCUAUAUUAAAUUAUAAAUGAUUUAAGUCCUAUUAAUUUAUUUCUAUUAAAAUUAUUCCCAUACUUAUUACAAAUAAAUGGUACAAUAAUAGGCAUGUACAGAUCAGCCAUCGCUUUAACGACAAAUUCGGAAUUGUACAGGGAUAUGGAAAAUUGGAAAUCUCAGAAAUAUAAAAACAUGUUCUGCUAGGUAGGCGAUUUGGUAAAUCUUAUAAUUAAUUGGCAAGGGCUUGAAAAAGCGCUGUGAACUUUGUACGAAGUAAGCUCAGUUAAUUUAAAAUUGUGAAUACCUAGAAUUUGUUUCUAUUGUAAAUACUUUGAAUAUCUUGUAGGUAUUUCGAAAAGUUUAAUAUAUUCAAUGUAGAACCUACUUUUAAAGAACUAUUUUAUGUUCCUGUCUCUAGUGUAAAUAACAAAUAAUAUUUAUAAGUUAAUAUUCGUAAAUACAAAUAGUAUAAUGUCAUUACUUAGAUAAAUAAAUUAUGAUUAAUUAAUUAAUAAUAAUAAAUAAUCUAUGAUAAUCUACCAACGAUACCAAUUAAUUAUUUCAAUUGAGGUCUAGAUUUAGACUAACUGUCGUAUUUGUAAAAUGUACUUAAUUUUAGGCUUAAAAUUAAUCUUCUUUGAUUUGUAUUACUUACUGUUAUGUUAAAUUUUACUUUCUCCGGUUUAUGAUUUUCUUAAUUUGUUACAUCUCAUUAGAAAUGUCGUGGUGAACUGUGAUAUUUUGUUAAAUUUAUUUUUAAGGAGAUCAGAAUUUGAGUUUCUUUAUUGAUUUGCGAUUUAUGACUGCAAUAAUAUUUAGCUAAAGAUUUAAAAUUUGUUCAAAGAAAAUAAUAAAAUCAUCGCAGCUGAUACUGAGGGGGCGUCCAUUAAUUAUGUGAAAAUUUUUUAAAAAAUUCAUUAGAUUUGAUUAAAUUCCCUCCCACAUCUUUCAAUUUAGUAUAUUGUAAGUUUGUGGUGUAAGUGCGUCUUGUUAAAAAAAUUGCUAGUGUUUAUGAUUUAUAGACAUUGGCAGUCGAAAAUGUUCAAAAUUACGUGUACGGUUUGACCAUAUUUUAGUAAAGAAUCAUAGUGUCUUAUUAAUGACUUAUUAAGACAAUUUUCUAAUAGCUUAUCUUCCUACUUUUAGCGAAAAAUGUUUCACGUAACUAAUGCAUGCCUCCUUAUCAAGUUAUUUGAAUUAGUAUUACGUUCAUCUAUCUUUAAGAAGACUUAAUAUAAAAAUUGAUAAUAUUUGAAUAUGACACACAUUUACUUUAAGCCAAAUUUAAAUCCUUCGUAACAUUUCUAACAGCGCCUAUCACUAUAUCUUUUUUAAUCUUUCGAAACGUCACUUCCUAGACUGGUUCAUUUGUUAGUUUAUUUAUUGUUUGUAAAUAUUUAAGCACUUUAGAAUAAACAAAUUGAUAAAUGUUAAAACGCAUAGUAUAACAAUAAUAUAAAAGGUACCUACGAAACACUUUGUAAAUGAUUCUGUGCAAUAGGACGUGGCCUAUUUUUCAUUCUUUAAUUUUGUAUAAAUUGUUUAUUUACUUGUGUUAUUUUUUUGUAAUAAAUAAAAUGUAAGUAUCUAUCGUUCAUUCCAGUUUAAAUGAAAG